AUGGUCAGAAACGAAAAGCUCAUCAUUGUGGUGCUUCAAGUGGACUCUUUUGUCUACACUCUGUCCGUUCAGCAACAAAGUACGUAUAGUUGUCUGGCACAUGCAGUUGGUCCUAGAUCAAUGGGUAUGGUUUCCUGUUCUACCUCUCGGAUGGCUGUCGAAUCCCGUCAUUCGGGCUACCCGCGUCCAAACUUACGUGCCAAUAUCCCCCGUACCGAAAAAAUCAUGGCUUCUCGUCAGCAGCAGCCGAAGAAAAGGGAUAGAACCAACGAGAACUGCGAUAAAGCGGUCAAAAACAUCAUGUGGCGUUGUGAGCAGAUACGACGACGGUACGGGGCCGAUGUGUAUGUCCAAGUCCGCUUCAAAAGCAGGUUCUAUGAAUACACGUCUUCCAAUGAGCACAAUUUCCCUAAAUCUCGCGCUGAGUUGGCUACCUUUAAGGCUAAGGUUUGGGAGAAAACGAUCUACCCGGUUCCUGUGACAAAAUCGCCACUGGACUAUGCGGAAAGAAGAUCUCGAUGCGACGUCAAAGGUCAAUCUGGCGUGGGUAGCGGUUGA